CCCAACUGAGAUUAGUUCGUUUGAUUUGUUUGUUGUUAGUCUUGUCUCUUAGUUUUAAGCCUAGAAUGGUGACUUACGCACCGAGUGACAUUUCGUUUGUCGUCGAUUCCAUGGCCUCGGACCACAGCAUAUUAAAAGGCGCGAAAAAAGGCCUUCUGAAGAAAGUAGGUAUCCAGCCGGCUGUAAAAGUGGAAUCGACGGAAAAGAUAGACGAACGGCCGAAGAAAGGCCUGCAAUGGAACAUUUCGCCGAUGACGUGGACCCAAGAGUUGAGGCAGAUGAGAGAAGAGAAGCUUAGGAGGCGGGCCGAAGCUCCGGGAAGCACGAUGUUGUUAAGCAUACCGAAAGACAGAUUCCACCAUUGGCAUUUCCGGUACGAAGACAUGAGCUAUCAUCCUUACGGAUUGGAUCUGUCCCAUAUGAAAGUUCAAGAUAUCCGAGUUAUCGUGAGUUUGAAGCAUCUCUCCAUGUUAGACCUGUCGUACAACGACAUGAAAAACGAUUCCCUUGCAAUUUUAGAAGAAUUGAAGUACCUCAAUUACAUCAAUUUAGACCACAACCAGUUAAUAUCAAUGGAUAUCCCUGGUUCUUCGAAUAUAAGGUGGUUUUCGAUGAGAAAUAACGACAUGGUGUGGAUUGAACCGUUUACCAUGCCGAUGCUCGAAUACAUCCAUCUCGACAACAACUAUAUCAGAAAUCUGGAAAACUUCGAUAUAGAAAACACCCCUCUCAUCCGGUUGCUGAGCGUGAAAGGUAACCGAUUGAUCGUCAUAAAAGACAGUAAACUGUCUCCGAGCCUCAGGUACCUCUACUUGGGGAACAACAAGAUACGGAACUGCGAAGGGCUCAAUCACUUGGUCAAUCUGAGAGUGCUGCAUCUGAGAUCCAACAAAAUAAAAAAAGUCAAAACCAUCACGAGUGAAUUCAGAAACCUCUGCUACCUCAAUCUGAGAGACAAUUAUAUUGCGAACGUAAGGCAAUUCAGAAAAUUGAAACCUCUGCCUAAUCUGAGAAUUUUAGUCACGACGGGCUGCCCUUUUGAAAAAGACAAUCCGGAAAAGGCUCGGCUCGGCGUUAUCUACUACCUUCCGAAUUUGAAGAGGCUCAACAAGAAGGACGUGACCGACAGCGAGCGGGAAACGUCGAAAAGCCUCAGCGACGAGCUCGAUCCGGAAGGCGACUCCAGCGAAGACGACGUCCCUGAAGACGCUGUCGAGUACACCGACCACCCGAUCGAUCCGGACGAGGAGAAAGCCCUGAAAAACACAGCCGAAGAAAGCACCCCUCAGCCACCGCCACCGUCUACCCCUACAGAAACGGCCUCCUCGACUGGAGAAUCACAGUCAUUCACUGGUUCGACACCAUAAUAAACGACUAUCACAAGAGCAAGAACAAAACAAAA